AUGGAUAUUCAAGCGUCGGAGGCAAAGAACGACUGGAAGGGUCAGCGAGCGAAACGUAUACAGCAGCUGAGCGCCGAAGUUGCGACUGCCAGGGGCCAAAUUGAUGGAAUCAAGCGUUUGUUGGACGAGUACGAUGAUGAAGAUCUCACAAAAGAAGAGGAGGACGAGAUGUAUGAUCUCCAUCGGGACUUAAGAAAGGAAGAGAAAAUUUGGGAACAGAAACUCCAUGAUCUCAAAACCUUCUUGGUCGAGACUCGAAACGCAGAGGUUAGGAAGAAACUUCAAGCCAGCUAUCGAGACAAGGUCCGGGGUGGGAUUGUUCAUGUUUUCUGCAUCAGCAACACGGAGUACUGGUCCAAGGCCACGUCACCGAAAGACGAGGCAAUCCCCUCUUUGCAGCUGAGCGGAAUUAUUGCUCUGCGGAAGCACUGUCUCUCCAUCAUCGCGGAUAGUCAGUUGAGACUUGCCACCAAAUUUGUCACCAAUGACAUCCCUGCUUUGCUCGGAGAGGCCGGAUUAUGGGUUGAGUCUGGAGCCGGAAGUGCCAAUGCGGAACAGAAAUCGGCUGUUCGCAGAACUCUGGACAAGAUAGAGCGUCAGCUGAGAGAGGUAAGCUAA